CGAGACUUGCGAGAGCAUCAGUCUGAAUGCCGCUGGCUCGUACGACGCUGAUGACUUGAUCGACCGCUUUUAGGCGCUUCCUCACGUUAGCCUUGCGACUGUCUGACAUGCGCCACGGCGUCUUCCACAGAAGACCUCCGCAUCUCACUUGCGUGCUAGCAAAGGCGCCCAACAUGACGUCUGACUGACUAGACUCAACUCGGCGCGCUAGCCAACUCGUCCUUUGCGCGUUUUGCCCGCCGGCGAUCACACGCUGCAUUGGCCGAGCUCGAGCUUGACCGCCUCGCCACACUGGUCCGUCGGGAUGAGCUUUAAGGUCUCCACACCGGAACAGGGGGCUACCGAGACGCAGUACUACACGUCGAAGCAUGGCAUCACUUUCGGCUACCGGGUACUCGGCACAUCUCUAUUGUCUCCGAGCGACGAUGCAAGGCAGCGCAUAACAGACAUCGGCAUCAACAAUCUCACGGACUCGAACGCAUCUCUGCAGCCCGUCGGACCGGCUCAGCGCGGCACGGGCAGCGUCGGCGAUGAAGGCAAGCCACGGACUCGUCGGUCCGCUCGACCACUCGUCAUGAUCCAAGGCCUCAGUGCAUCUGGCCUCGUAGAUUGGUGGCCAUUCGACCAGCGUCUGGCGGACGAACGGCCUGUCCUCGUCUUUGAUAACCGGUUUAUCGGCGAGAGCCAGGGCAGCAAAGAGCUACGCGACGAGGGAUGGACGGUCCAAGACAUGGCGUCUGACGUAGCCGAACUGGUCGCCCAUCUCGGCUGGAAGACGAUCGAUCUGCUGGGCUUCUCGAUGGGCGGCAUGAUCGCCCAGACCGUGGUCUGCAUGCCCAACCUGCCCUUUGAGAUCAAGCAUCUCAUCCUUUGCGCCACGAGCAGCAAGAAUCCGAAAAGCAGACUCAUCAGCGCCGGCGGUCCCCCGCCAUCGAAGCCGAAAUCGGAGAUGAGCCAGGCCGAGCAGAUUGCGCAGGUCGAGCCCUUUGUGCGCGCGUGCUACGAUCCCGUCUGGCUGGACGACGCCGACAAUGCAGAGAUGCUCAGGCGGAGGGUGCUCGAUGCUGCGGCCAUCAGGCGACCUGCCGCUGUCAUCAUGACCCAGGCUGCCGCCAUCGCCAGCUGGGAUAUCCGCGAGGCGAUCAGACACAUCCCACCCAGCCUGCCCGUGCUCGUCAUCCAUGGCGAGGCAGACAUUGCAGUCUUUUACAGCGAGCGCAAGGACGUGCUUGCAGGCAUAGCACAUGCAGAGUCGUUCAAGACCCCCUCGACGCGCUACGGGCACAACUUCUUUGACUACUUCGAUGUCGCCUUCUGGGCAUCCGGUAUCGGCGAGUUUCUAGAUCGACCGGGCUCCGCGCCCGCCGUCAGUGCGAGACUAUGAGCGUAGCUGUCUGCCCGCAGCUUGUAUCUCGACGGGAGCAUUGCAGUUUCUACGACUUGAUCAUCUCUGCGGGCGUCUUUGUCCGCAGCACCAGGGCGUGCAGACCCGCCUUGAGCUCAUCGGAGAGUGCCUCAUAGACGAGCCGAUGCCGCUGCAUCUGGCGCUGCCUCCCCAGUGAUCAGCUAGAUGGCGCCGAUGCGCUGAAGCGUUGCGUGCCCACCUUGCCAUCGAACUCAUCGCUGACAAUCUCGACGGUGAAGUGCGUCUCACCCGUAGCAGCGCCCGGCGCUCGCAUUGCAGCGUGACCGGCGUGAGCAGCCGAGUCGUUCGUGAUGCGCAGCUGCUCGGGCUGGAACCGCUUUGUGAGCUGCGUGCUGUCUGAGCUCAUGAGACUCUGUCAGCUCGGCAGGCUUGCCUUG